AAAGCUAUGGAGAACUCAACCCAGGUCAAGUUAUUUUAUCUCUUUGGCUUACAAGAGACAUUUAACAACAAAUCGGUCUAUUUUACCUUGUCUCUUAUCACAUACCUUCUCAUCAUCACUGUGAAUCUGACUCUGAUCAUAACAAUCAUUCAGGUGAAAGGUCUCCAUGAGCCCAUGUAUAUCUUUCUGUGUAGUUUGUGUGUCAAUGGAUUGUAUGGAACUGCUGGUUUCUACCCCAAGUUCUUACUGGACCUUCAGUCAGAUGUUCAGGUGAUAUCUUAUGGUGGAUGUUUCACUCAAACCUUUGUAAUAUACACAUCUGUCAUGUGUGAACUUUCUACUCUAACAGUGAUGUCUUACGACAGGUAUGUGGCAAUAUGUAGACCACUACUAUACCAUAACAUUGUGACAUCUUUAACUAUUAGAAAGUUACUCUUAUUGUCUUGGUGUUAUCCUUUAUUUAUAGGACUCAUAGCACUUAGUUUAGCCGUCAGACUUCCUUUGUGUGGAUCUCGCAUUGAUAAACUCUUCUGUGACAUUCCGUCUAUACUGAAACAUGCAUGUUUACCUAUUCCCAUCAAUCAGAAUUUGAACAAAUUUGUAAUAGUGGUUCAUGUUUUACAGAUACUAUUCAUUGUAUUUUCUUACUGUCAGAUUGUAAGUACUUGUGUAAAGUCAGCUAAGGGAAGGAUUAAGUUCACACAGACAUGUGUGCCACAUUUAUUAACAAUAUUUAUUUUCAUCACAGUGACCCUGUUUGACAAUUUGCAAGGGUGGAAUAAUGUAAAUAUUACACUAAAUAUGCGUAAUGCAAUGGCCGUACAAUUCCUUGUUAUACCACCUGUCUUUAACCCUCUCAUAUAUGGACUUAACCUCCAGCAGAUUCGAAGGGCCAUUUUUAGAAAGUGUAAUGCACAUAAAAUCAUUGAUAUGAGAUGUUAG